AUGGGGACCGCAAUCCUUAUUGGAAUCAUCUCAUCUCAAAACUCCUGUUCUGGGUCACAGGAAAUCGAUCUACUACCGACCCGAUUCAUCACCUGUGUGCGACGCCCUGAAUCAGCAAAUGCCAUUCGCUUGAAACUGCCACGCGAAGCACUGGAUUCGGCCGUGAGCGUGUAUGUGAACGACAAUCAUGCUGCAGUACUGGAGGCAGAUGUCGUCUUGUUAGCUUCCCAACCACACCUCUAUAAACCCCUUCUUGAGGAAUCGGGAACAUGCAUAGCACUCAAAGGCAAGCCGAUCAUCUCGGUGCUGGCAGGUGUCCCCUCUGCUGAGAUCGAGCACCACCUUCGUCAAGUUGCCAACAAGGAAAGCAAAGAUAUCUGUGAUUUGGAUGCUUUCUCUGUUAGUCGUGCCAUGCCCAACAUCGCGAGCGCGGUGCAGGCCUUAAGCACCGUCCUUGAAAUCUACCCACGGCCUCAAUUCAAAGACAUGAUUGCCACAGCGCAUGCCAUUUUCUCGUGUGUGGGCACUGUUUUCACUGCCAAGCCUGAAAAUUUUGGAAUCUGCACAACUCUGAAUGGGUCAACUCCGGCAUUCUUCGCAAUGGUGAUCGACGGCCUCGUAGACGGCGCCGUAGCAUUGGGCCUGUCGCACACCGAGGCGACGCAAAUGGCGGCCACCACAAUGCGCGGGACGGCCGAUUUGAUCAUGAGCGGCAAGUCGAGGCUGGAUCUCCGCUACGAGGUCGCUUGCCCUGGCGGCGCGACGAUCCAAGGACUUGAAGUGCUCGAGGAGGCACGAACGCGCGCCGUCUGGAUGCGAGCCAUGGCCGCGGCAACGUCGGGGCAGGGCUCUCUUGUGGGCGGACUCAAGUUUUCACGCAAAGGGAUCUAA